AUGGAAGGUCUAAGGAAGAUCCUUCCUAAAAGUGGAUCGACCAUUGACAAGAAAAGUGAAACAAGUCAAGAGAGCAUUCCCAUACCCAUGUCUGCCAGAAGUAAACUCAGCCGUCUCAGACAGAAGAUACGUAUGAUGUCAAACAUGAGAGGGUCAAAGGUUCUGGACAGACAGCAGACAAAUGUUGCCUAUGACAACACAUACAAACUGGAGCCAGAUACAGCCAACAGAUUUUCUACAAAUAAAGCAGAGCAGGUUAUUCACGAAGUGUUUGAACAUUAUCUACGAGGGAAAUCAUAUGAACAUAAAGUCUUACCAAGACUAAUCAAGACGUUGUCGCAGCUGAUCAGAGACAGAGUAAAAGCUCAAGGUAUAGAAAGUACAGAUUUAAAAAAAAAAAAGAUGUUUGGAAAAUCAGUGUUGGCAAUGCCUGCUUCAGGUAAGACACACAAAGAAGAUGAAUCAAAGUCAUAUAUUGUGUUUUCCCCAGAUUAUUUGUCGUUGUUUUCAUCUCUUUGCACCUACCUCCACUUUCCUCUUUUUUUCCGGGCCUGA